AUGUUGCCGUUUGUUAGUUCUCUAAUUGCGUUCCUUGCGCUGGUUGUGACCCGUCAUAUGGCGGCCGUACCCAGCAAACGAAACGCAGAAAUUGGCAUUCUCUUUAAUCAACCAGUGACAUGGCCCCAAAGAUUGCCAGGAUACAGCGACGAUACGUGUGGUAGUGCAUGCAUACCUCGCAACCGUACAAACUACAAUGUGGGCCCAAGACCGAUACGCUUCGUCAUCAGGUUCCCCAUUAGCAUGGCAGCACCAUCACUGCUGGAGAUUCAAUCACAAUUAAGUUCGAGUUCGAUGCAACUAUCUAAGGGUGUUGACGUUGUCGUUCUAAAAAAUCUGAAUACGUACAUCAUUGAGCCGGGUUUGGGAAAUAACGAUGAAGACUUGAAAGUCCUUUGGGAUUACCUUCAUCAAAGAGGAGGCGUGGUUGAAGCCGACAAAGUUGCAACGUUGAGUUCACCUGACAGCUCGGCGCCAUUAAUGGCAGAACCAACACAAGUGAACGAUCAGAAUGCAGAUGAUACCAGCACGACCAGUGGCCCUGCGAGUAUGGGACAAACUACGGCCGAAGCCGAAGGGAACAAUGGCGACGAUAACGAAGGUCGCCAAUACCGUUUUCCCCCUGAGCAGUGGUAUAUUGACAUGCUAGGAGUCAAACAAGCACUUCACAAACUUAGUACAAUGCAAACGGAGCCUAUAAAGGUCUGUAUAGUAGACACGGGUGUUAACUACCAACACGAAGCUUUGAAGCACGCUUUCGAUCCUUACACGGUUGAAUCCGUGGUAAAGGAUGCUCGAGGAAAUGACACUAGAGCGACGGUUGACGAAACGUACGGCGUAAAUUUCGUCAAUGGCACCACUGACCCCAUGGACCACCAUGGACAUGGCACAAACAUUGCGGGCGUUAUAGCAGCGAAGAUAGAUAGCCGAGACCUUACGUACGGAGUCAACCCGCAUGCGCGCAUAAUCGCUUGUAAAGCCUUCGGUGACGAUCGAACAGGCCGUCUCAGUGAUAUUCUUAAAUGCAUCGACUACUGCAUAACUCGAAAGGCGCAUAUUCAAAAUCACAGUUGGCAGAUUAGGGAAGACACUUAUGCAUUACGAACGGCUUUUGUAGAUGCCGAAGAAAAAGGCAUUUUAAUGGUGGUGUCCGCCGGUAAUGCUGCUCAUGGAGAACCUAAAGCGUAUAACAAUCAGACGGAAGGAAUUUAUCCUGCAUCAUAUUUAUCGUUUGCAACGAAUUUGCUUGCCGUCGCAGGAUUCCAAAAGACAGGUGAUAGAAUAAUGCAAAGGGUUCUGAGGGGGUGCAGGGGGAGCACGGGAAAUCCAGACGAAUGUCUCGUAUCAAAACUUCAAACCUAUCAAAUGUACGAUCGUUCUAAAUAUGGUCCCUAUAUAAGCCUGAUAAUUGCUCCUGCAAAAGAAAUAUAUACAACAGGCCUACUGAAUGAUAUAGUGGUCGCUGAAGGUUCCUCAAUAGCCGCCGGCAUUAUGUCGGGUAUAUCUAGUCUACUGAUAUCCCCUAUUGUGAACGGCAAACGUAUUAAGCCAUGCAAGGCGCCAUUAUUCAUUCAACAAGAGAUUACAACGCUAAAUUUCGCCAUACGUAAGGCAAAAUGGAAGGGUUAUACCGAUGCCUUCAAAACCCUGAAUGCUGUGAUUGACCAUCUGAAUGGAGUGAAAAAAUUGCCAAAACUCGCGCCAUUUGUUCCACAACGAUGUGUAGAAUUCGAAGUGCCUUCUACUACCGAAGCUUAA